AUGGUUGACGCUGUGCAGAGUGCUAUAAAAGUUUAGGAAGACAACACUGAAAAGCCAAAGCAGAAUAUUCAAGUUGUCUUUGUAACAAGAUAUACUUCAUGCUUUGAGUUAUAAAUUAAAUCAAAGAACCCAAAAGUAGAUAAAAAGCUAAUUAUUGAAAAAGCAGGAAGAAUUUAUGAAAUUGGGAUUGAUGAUAAGUUUUAAGGCGAAAAACCAAUAGAAACAUUAAGAUUUUCAUUAUUCAUGGGUAUUUAGUAUAUUUUGGAUGAAAAGUUUCUCGUUUUUGCAGAAAAUGUAGCACAAACUUGCGCAAUUUAAAAGCAUGAUGUUUUUGAAAUAUAAUCAUUAUGUUUCGUCUCUUUCGUUAAAAGUAGAGAUUUAUUUGUUGGAGAAAAAGGAACUAGAUUAGAGUAGUAAAUAACAAAUAUAAGAAAUCUCUUUUAAGAAGGGUAUUAUUUUUCUUAUACUUAUGAUCUUAGUCUUUCAAGAUAAAAGCAAGCUUUUUAGGCUGAUAGAGAAUGGAGAUUCGCUUGGAAUAGCUAUAUGUGCAAAGACUUAAUUGCAGCAAAAGUAAAGCCUAUUUGGACUAUUCCUGUAGUUUAAGGCUUCGUCUCUAACUUUUAAGUAUACAUGGUAGGUAAAAAGUUAGACUUUUAUUUGAUAGCUCGUCGUUCAUGCAAAAAAGCAGGCACAAGAUACAAUGCCAGAGGUGUUGAUGAUGAGGGAAAUGUUGGUAAUUAUAAUGAAGUGGAGCAGUUCUUUAUCUUUAACUAAUAUUGCUGCUCUCAUUUGUAAAUUAGAGGAUCGGUACCCAUCUUCUGGAAAUAAACUGGUAUUACAGCAAAUACACAAAUUACAAGAACUUUCGAAUUUACAAAUGGUUCAUUUUUAAAGCACUUUGAAGAUGUCAAAAAGAAUUACAACUUUGUAAUUUGUGUUAAUUUGAUGAAAAGAGGAAAACCUUCUGAAUAAUUGAUUACUGAAGGCUUUGAAGCACAUGUUAAAAAUAAUAAUCUAGAUCAUGUCAGAUAUAAAUUUUUUGACUUCCACACUGUAUGCAAAAAUGAGAAGUAUGAAAAUGUUAAUCCAACAAUUAGAGAAAUGCAUAAAUACAACUAAAAUUUCCUAUUUUAUGCUGAAGAUUUGUAGAAUAAGACUGUUAUUUAGACUUAAAAAGGAAUUAUUCGUACUAAUUGCUUAGAUUGUCUUGAUAGAACUAAUGUAUUCCAGAGUAAGAUAGCUCUAGAUAUGUUGGUUGUGCAGCUGGAAAUGCUAGGAGUAAAUUUAGCAGAAGAGUUCGGUGAAGACCCUUUGGACCACAUUGACAAGAGCAAGAAAGGUAAAUGCGAUGCAUUCACACAAAAAUUCAAAGAAAUAUGGGCUAAUUGCGGUGAUAUGAUAUCAAAGCAUUAUACAGGAACUGGAUCUACUCACACUGAUGUUACUAGAGAUGGUACAAGAACAUUUGCAGGUCUCAUUUAGCACGGUUAUAAAACAUUGAAUAGAUUUUAUAUGUAGAAUUUCGAAGAUGACAUAAAACAAUAAACAAUUGAUCUUGUUGUUGGCUAAACAACAGAUUGUGUUAACAUCUUUAAUGAAAGUGUUGAAAAUGAAUUGAUUAAGAGACAAAAUGAAUUUUGUACUUUUUCUAAAAUUAAAGUCUUCACAAUAAUAUGGAAUGUUAGUGGCUUUGAAUGUCCUGCAGAUUUAGAUGAAGGUGGAAAUUUCUUCGGAUUUGAUAGAUCAAACACCCCAGACAUUGUAGCAGUGGGUUUACAGGAAAUUAUAUAGUAUAAUGUUAAGAGCUUUGUUUCUGUGAAUAAUGAAUCAUAAAUUAGAAAGUGGAAUUAAACCAUUACUAAUGCAUUGAACAGAUACGACAAUUACAUUCUCACAAAAUCAAGAGAUUUAUAUGGCAUGGUAUUGCUUGUUUUUUCUAAGAAAUCUCUGUAAAAUCGUAUUUCAAAAAUAAAUGAAGAUACUGUUAAAUACGGAUACACAUCUUAUAUGGGUGCAGUAGCUAUUAAGCUUUAUGUUGAUGACACCUCCAUCAAUUUUUUGAAUGUUAAUUUAGAUUAUUCAUCUAAGAGCAAGAUUUCAAGCAUUGAUGAUAUACAUAAAAAUUGCUAUCAGCAAGAAGGUGUGCCUGGAAAGAAAAAGGAUGAAAAGAUAAUAAAUUUGAAUUUCAAUUUCUUAAUGGGUGAUAUAGGAUUUAAUAUCAAUCUUCCAGCUCAAGACAUAGUCCAAAACAUAGACAAUUUUAAUUACUUAAAAUAAGGAGAUGUAUCUAAAGCAGAAAAAGUUCUUGCUAAAUUGCUUUUACAAGAUGAAUUUAUUUCUUAAAAGCAGAACUCAGACUAUCUUUAAAAGUACUAUGAGCCAAAAAUUAAUUUCUUACCAACAUUCAAAUACGAUUUAUCUUCUCCUAACUAUGUCUAGUCUGUCGCUCCAUCAUGGACUGAUAGAAUCCUGCUUUGGAGUAGAUAGGGAGACAACUUCGAUGUUAAUGUAUAUAACAGAAGAGAAAUUGUAUAUUCUGCCCAUAGACCUGUCUAUUCAUCAUAUACUCUAACAGUAAAAAAAAUAAACUAAUAGAUAAGAAAAUAGAUAGAAGAACAAAUACAAGCAGAAAUAAACCAGCAAGCUCAAAAAAUUGAAGAAGAGGAAAACUUAGAAUUACAAGGAUAGAAAUGA